GUAAUCCCUAUCAACGAAAACUGAUAUCAAUACGGGAAGAAAAAGUAUGUACACUCGAUACGACUGACCAAGGGUUGCGCCGACUGCAACCACUAGAGAAAAAUCCAUAUCGCCAACGGCCUAACAAUGCGACGCGUUCAUUUAAUACAAAGACGUCGGGAAGAAUUCUUGCCAAGUAUGGAGGAACGGAAUCAAUUCUACAAAAAGUAAAAAUGAAUGAGACUCCGCAUAGCAGUAAAUAA